AUGACUGAACGUAAACGUGCAAGAGAGGUUAGUCCCGACCCGGCCUCAACUCCUCCUUCAGAAACCCCUCCUUUGCUAUCGCCUCCUAGAGCAGGAGACCAGGAAAAUAUCGAUUCUGAGGAUUAUGGCCUUUUAGAAGAGGAAAUAAUUAAAGACGAUGUUUCCGAAGAAGAAAUGGACUCUGAGGGUGAAAACUUAUUUGAUGGAGAACUACUGGAGAGAGAUUAUCAGCCAAAUCCCCUGCUUGAUGCUUAUGAUACAGAAGAUAUAGACGAUGAUUUCCAUGAACCUAUGUCCUUUGACGCUCGCAGACGCGUUGAAAUGGUUAUGGAUCAAUUAGAUCAAAUGGGUACUCAAGGGGAGCAAUUAUACGAGGAUGCAUUCACUAAGCCAAGAAACAAACGUCGUCGUCGACGUGUUCAUAAUGAAUUUCAGGAAAUGGAAAAUAAAUUAGUGGUGGAAGAGGAGUACAUGGAUCUUGAAGAGAUAUCAACUAUAAAGGCCCCGUCUAUAACUGAAUGGAUCAAGAUACCAGCUGUAAGAAGUGGUAUUUAUCAACAAUUUAGCAAUUUUUUAAGAACUUAUGUAGAAAAUGGAAAAUCUAUAUACGGACCUCGUAUUGAAGAACUUACAAAAGAUCAACUUCAAAGUUUGAAAGUAAAUUAUAAUCAUUUAAAAAAGAGCAAAGAAAUUUUGGCACUCUUCCUUAAAGAAUCUCCUAAUGAGAUGUUAAAUAUUUUUGAUGAAUCUGCAUAUGACUUUAUUGUGGAAAUUCAUCGUGGAUAUAAAAAACUUGGCAAAGAAGUACGUGUGCGUAUAACUGACUUUCCCGUUAUUCACAAUAUCAGAGAAUUAAGGCAAACCAAUCUCAAUAGUUUAAUACGAGUGUCUGGUGUAAUUACAAGGCGAACCGGAGUGUUUCCUCAGCUUAAAUAUGUUAAAUAUAACUGUGUCAAGUGUGGAGGCCUUCUUGGGCCAUACACUCAAGAUAUUCAGAAUGAGAUAAAAUUGAAUCAUUGCAUCCAUUGCCAGUCCAAAGGUCCUUUUAUUCUAAAUACUGAACAGGUGCAAGUUUUGAUUAUCAAAAAAAUAACGCUUCAAGAAAGCCCUGGUACGGUACCAGCAGGGCGUCUACCUCGGCACCGUGAGGUCAUUUUACUUGGAGAGCUGAUUGACUCAGCCAAACCUGGUGAAGAAAUUGAAGUCACUGGUGUUUAUAGAAAUAAUUUUGAUGUAUCAUUAAAUAUAAAAAACGGAUUUCCGGUGUUUGCAACCGUCAUAGAAGCAAAUUAUAUUAGUAAGAAGGAAGAUUUAUUUACUAGUUAUCAAUUAACCGAAGACGAUAAAAGAAUAAUCCAAGAUUUAGCUGCGGAUGACAAAAUUAGUCGGAAA